AUGGAUAAAAAUAUCGAUGAAUUAUCGAUUGAACAUCAUCGAACAUCAACGCCAAAACCACCAAUAAAAAUAAUAAAAAGUUCAAAAUUAAAUUCUCGAAUCGAUUCAAUUCUAUCAACAUCCACAACAAUAUUCACUGAUCGAUUUGAAUCAUUGUUAAGACGUACUAGUUUUAUUUCGACAAGAAUUUUAAAUCCCAAAACAUUAGUGAAUGGAAUUAAUAAUAAUAAUCUAUUAUUACAACAGGAAAUUAAUGAUCAUAGAUCGGGUGUUAAUUGCCUGGCAUUAAGUGAAGAUUUAUCAUUACUUGUUUCAGGUGGUGAAGAUGGUAUCGUACGAUUAUGGAGUACAUUUUCAACACCAUGUGAAUUGAUCGGUAUAUUGAGUGGACAUCAAAAUUAUAUUACCUGCUGUACUGUUCAUCGUUAUUUGAUUAUUUCCGGUUCAGCUGAUUGUACAUUAAAAAUAUGGUUAAUUGAAAGUGGUAAUUGUAUUAUGACAUUAUAUGGUCAUGAUGCAUUUAUCAAUCGAUGUCUCACAUAUGGACCAAUAUUAAUAUCAACAUCAUUCGAUAAUACUGUGCGCGUUUGGUCAUUAACUAAUGAAUUGACAAUUGUACAAAGUGAAAAUCAAUUCGAUCGUAAUUCAAUCGAUAAUGAAUCACGUGACCUAUUACAACGUAUCAAAAUCACAACAACAUUUGGUCAAUGUUUAUAUACAUUGCAAGAUCAUGAAAAAAGUGUAACACAAGCUGCAUUGGUGAAUAUUUUAUCAAAAAAUGAUAUGCUAUCGAAAGGUAUUAUUCAAGAAUUAGAUAUUAUUAUAACAACAUCAACUGAUGGCCGUGCAAUUACCUAUUCCUUGGCUACUGGUGAACUAAGACAUAUACUUGAUGGUCAUAAAGGUCCAAUCAAUUGUCUGGCAAUCGAUGGAAAAGAAUCAAGUUUCAUUUAUACAGCCGGUGCUGAUUCAGUUAUCAAAAAUUGGGAUGUUAUUACCGGCGAAUUUAUACGUGAUCUUAGUGGACAUGAAGGAUCAAUAUUAUGUUUAUUAGCACAUAAACGUAUACUGUAUUCCGGAUCUACUGAUCGUACUGUACGUGCAUGGGCAAUGGAAUUUGGUCAAUGUACACGUGUUUAUUAUCAAAAUACAGCACCAGUUAGUUGUUUACAAUAUUUCAAAGGAAUUCUUUACACUGGAUGUAAUGAUAAUUGUGCAAGAUUAUAUGAUGCUAAUUCAGCUGUAUUAAUGCAAACAUUCGCUGGUCAUAGUGGAUUAAUAACAGCAUUACAAGUUGUACCUGGGAAAUUAUUCACAUCAUCAUAUGAUGGCCGGAUACUUGUUUGGAAUUGUGAAGAAUUACAACAAAAAUUAUUAGAUACAACAAAAAAAUCACAAAAAAAUAAUCAACAGACAUCAUCAACAUUAUUUGGCAAUAAUAAUAAUCAUAGUAUGUUAAGUGAACAAUUACGUUCAAUUGUAUUGGAUAGUGCCAAAACUAGUUCAAUGUUAUUAUCAAUGGGAAAUUUAAAUCGACAACAAAUUUUAAGCAAUCGUCAACGAUCAAAUUUUUAUAAUAAUAAUGAUUAUCGUCGUCGUCGCGGUGCAUCAAUAUUGUCAUUAUCAUCAUCAACACCAUUUUCCGCCAAUGUACGUCGUGCUAUCAAUGCUAUCGAGCCAUAUCUACGUUCAUUUAAAUAA